AUGGCAGCAUUAAGAGUGACAUCUGCAUCUCUAUCGCGUAAAGCGAUCACCUCGUGCCGGCCACGACUCUACCUCGGUCUCCGCACCAGUGUGCGACCGUUGCUUCCGAUAACGCGUAGCACCCCUCACACCUAUUACUCAACAACUGCUCCUCGACUAUCACUGGCACCUAAGAUCGAGCGUGGCGGCUCAAAGGUCUUCAAAAAUGCAGACGAGGCAGUUGCUGACCUCAAGAGUGGCUCGACAGUGUUGAGCUCUGGCUUCGGCCUGUGUGGUGUUGCUGAAACUCUCAUCAAUGCUAUGCACCGUCGUGGUCCUGAUCAACUGCACUCCUUGACGGCUGUUUCGAAUAAUGCUGGUGCCGCGGGUAAGGGCGGACUCUCGACGCUCUCACAGUCUGGUCAGGUGAAUCGGUUAAUAUUGUCAUACCUGGGAAACAACAAGGCGUUGGAAAAGAAAUAUCUAUCUGGAAAUAUUGCAAUUGAGCUGUGUCCUCAAGGAACCCUGGCUGAACGCUUGCGUGCUGGUGGAGCUGGCAUUCCUGCGUUUUUUACAGCCACGGGCGUUAACACAUUCAUUCAAGAAGGUAAGAUUCCUGUUCGUAUGGAUGAGACAGGAAAAGUUCUUGAGUCCGGCACACCGCGUGAGACUCGUGAUUUCAACGGCAAGAAAUAUUUGAUGGAAACUGCCUUGACAGGUGACGUGGCUAUUCUGCGCGCUUGGAAGGCUGAUGAGGCUGGCAACUGUGUAUUCCGAUACACAACCAAGGCCUUCGGACCUAUCAUGGCCAAGGCUGCUACACUCACUAUCGUGGAAGCUGAAAAUAUUGUUCCUGUUGGCUCUAUCGAUCCCAAUGAUGUUGACCUUCCGGGCAUCUUUGUUGAUCGAAUUGUGCCUGCAACCGAUGAGAAGCAUGUCGAAAUCAAGAAGUUGCGAGAGAGUGAGACAGGUAGCGCGGGCGAGUCAGCGAAGGAUGAAGCUCAGAUUCAAAGGGAACGCAUCGGCCGGAGAGCGGCGAAGGAACUCAAGCAGGGAUUUUAUGUCAAUCUUGGUGUUGGUAUCCCAACACUCGCUCCAUCUUUCUUGCCUGAGGAUGUGAAAGUGUGGGUGCAGUCCGAGAACGGAAUCUUGGGAAUGGGUCCAUACCCGACCGAGGACGAAUUAGACCCUGACAUUAUCAACGCUGGAAAGGAGACGGUGACCUUGGUCCCUGGUGCUGCAACCUUCGACAGUACAGAGUCAUUCGGUAUGAUCCGAGGAGGCCAUGUGGAUGUUUCGAUUUUGGGAGCCCUUCAAGUUAGCGCAAACGGUGAUCUCGCAAAUUACAUGAUCCCAGGCAAGGUCUUCAAGGGUAUGGGCGGUGCCAUGGAUCUUAUCUCGAACCCGGACAAGACUAAGAUCGUUGUUGCGACGAGCCACGUUGCCAAAGAUGGAUCUCCUAAGAUUGUGCAAACUUGCAGUCUGCCCUUGACUGGUGCGAACGUAGUGAGCACUAUUAUCACCGACCUGUGUGUUUUCCAGGUAAACCGGGCUACUGGUGAGCUCACCUUGACUGAGCUUGCUCCAGGUGUUGAGGUUGAGGAGAUUCUCAGCAAAACGGACGCCAAGUUCAUUUUGGCUGAGGAGUUGUCCAUCAUGGAGUGA